UAAACUCAAUCAAUUCUAGUAUUUUAUCUCUAUCUCUGUCUCUGUGUGUGUGUGGAGCGACCAAUGGCAGCUAAAGCGUUAUCGUCCCCUCCACACCCACAGCUAAACCCAAAUCCUCACAGUUAUCCAUCAUCUCGUCCUCUGAAAAUACUCCAAGUCAAAGCCACGAGAGAUGUAACCCAGAAGCAGAAGCAGCCAUGGCGGCUGCUGAGUCAAGUUUCCUCAAGAACAAGAGCCAACAAGAAGAGACAGCUGCAGGUUGUUGGUGCCUUGAGCUCCUCCCUUCACGACUGCGAGUCCCUUGUUACUUCCUCUCUACUAGUCUUACUGCAGGAACCACCAUCAUCUUCAUCAUCAUCAUUGUUUGUGGUUGCUGCAGACAGCGUGGGUUAUUCCUUGGCCAGUUACUACACUUCCUUGGGUCUCUUCGUCCUCUCUGUUCCAGGCCUUUGGUCCCUCAUCAAACGUUCUGUUAAAUCCAAGGUUGUGCAGAAGACAUUUAUAGGUGAAGAGAAGAAGGCACCGAGUCAGGUCGCAGGUGAAAUUUUGUCAUUCUUCACUCGCAACAAUUUUGUGGUCACUGAUAGAGGAGAGACAAUCACGUUUGAAGGCAUGAUGGUUCCAAGUCGAGGCCAAGCUGCAUUGCUUACUUUCUGCACCUGCAUCAGCCUGGCAAGCGUAGCUCUUGUCCUUACAAUAACUGUUCCAGAUGUCGGCAAUAAUUGGUUUUGGAUCAUCACCUUAAGUCCCUUGGCGGGAGCAUAUUACUGGAAACGGGCAUCCAGAAAGGAGCAGAUCAAGGUCAAAAUGAUGGUCAUAGAUGAAGACGGUGCACAGUCAGAGAUCAUCGUUCAAGGGGAUGACCAGCAAGUAGAGCAAAUGAGAAAGGAGCUUCAACUCAGUGAGAAAGGCAUGGUGUAUGUUAAGGGCAUAUUCGAGAGAUAAUAACCGUGUGGCUCAGGCUCGGGCUCAGAGAGGGAGACUACUACUAGAAAGGAAAUGAGGCUCUUCUUCUAUUGGCUUGGAUCCUAAUUUAAAGAUUUUAAGAUGUAUACACAAUCAUAAUAUUUGACCAAUUAUAUAGCUGUGAGCUACUACUAUUAGAUUGAUUCAGUUGGAUUACAAA